CUGCGUUUCAUUAAAAUGUAUCUCGUGGCACCGCUAACAACGUUCUUGUUCUUGUCGUUUGGCAGCUUGGCAAGUCCUCGACUGUUUGAUCAGCUUCAACAGCUGGGCGCUGCCAAUAUUCUCAACUUGGUCUUGCAUCCUAACGUGCCUCAACAACAGGCUAGCUAUGAUUUUAUUAUUGUCGGAGCAGGAGCCGCAGGCUGCGCCCUUGCAGCUCGUCUCUCCGAGAACCCCAACUGGCGAGUGGCCCUCAUCGAGGCUGGCGGAGUCGAGAAUUUCGUACACUUAACGCCAGUUAUGGCCGGAUAUUUGCAGUCAACCGCAUCCAACUGGAACUACAAGUCCGUGCCACAGCGACUCUCCUGUUGGGGCAUGCACAACAACGAGUGCGCGUUGCCCCGCGGCAAAGUCCUUGGCGGCACCAGUGCCAUCAACUAUAUGAUCUAUAAUCGGGGCAAUCGUCAUGAUUUCGAUGCCUGGGCACAGCGUGGCAAUCACGGUUGGAGCUAUGCCGAAGUCUUGCCCUAUUUCCUACGCAGUGAAUCGGCGCAGCUCCAGGGAUUGGAGCACUCGCCGUAUCACAAUCACAGUGGACCACUUAAUGUCGAGGAUGUCAAGUUUCGCUCGCAAAUGGUGCACGCCUUUGUGGAUGCGUCUGUGCAGGCGGGACAUCCGCGUACUGACUACAAUGGUCAAACGCAACUGGGCGUCUCCUAUGUGCAGGCCAAUACUCUCAAUGGACGUCGACACAGCGCAUUCUCAGCGUAUAUUCGUCCCAUACGCAAUCAGCGCUCCAAUUUGCACAUCUUUCCCUUCAGCCGGGUAAAUCGUGUGCUGAUCGAGAGUGCCACCAAAUCUGCUUAUGGUGUCGAGUUCGUUUACAAGAACAAAAAGUACACAUUCAAGACCCGCAGAGAGGUAAUCCUCUCGGCUGGCGCCUUUAACUCGCCCCAAUUGCUGAUGCUUUCGGGCAUUGGGCCAGCGGACAACCUCAAGGCUAUUGGAGUGCCCCUGGUGCAGGCGUUGCCAGUGGGACGACGUCUCUACGAUCACAUGUGCCACUUUGGACCCACCUUUGUGGUAAACACCACGGGUCAGACUAUUUAUUCCACGCGUGUGCCCAUUGCAGAGACAUUAACCUAUUUGCUAGCCGGCAAUCCUAACACACGUCUCAGUUCUAUUGGCGGUGUUGAGUCCUUGGCUUUCUUGAAGUCACCCCGAUCGAAACUACCCAAGGAUUGGCCAGACCUUGAACUUAUCUUGGUGGCUGGCAGUCUGGCCAGCGAUGAUGGUACAGGCCUUAAGCAAGGCGCCAACUUCAAGGAUGAAAUCUAUGAUACACUCUACAGACAACUGGAACGCAACCAACAGGAUCAUUUCACGCUGCUCGUCAUGCAGUUUCAUCCCAAAUCUGUGGGCCGCCUCUGGCUGCGUGAUGCCAAUCCCGCCAGUUGGCCCAUCAUCGAUCCCAAGUAUUUCUUGGAUCCCGAAGAUGUCGAGUUUCUGCUCGAUGGCAUCAAGGAGUCCAUACGCAUCUCCAAGAUGCCAGCACUGCAAGCAAUUGGCGCGCGUCUUCUUGAUCGCCUUGUGCCAGGUUGCGAGAGUCAUCGCUUUGCCUCCGACGAUUAUUGGCGCUGUUCCAUCCGAACCCUGUCCUAUACGCUACAUCAUCAGGUGGCCACCUGCCGCAUGGGACCCGCCACUGACCCCACAGCUGUGGUCAGUUCCCAGCUGAAGGUGCAUGGCAUGCGACGACUUCGCGUGGUGGACACCAGUGUCAUCCCAUUGCCACCCACCGCCCACACUAAUGCGGCUGCGUUUAUGAUCGGCGAGAAGGCAGCUGACCUCAUAAGAGGCGAAUGGAAUUGAGCUCAAAUGGAAUGGAGAAGAAAUUUGGGAGGCAUGGGCAGCCAAGCUUGUUAUUUGCUUGGGCAAGUUAAUUAAAUGAAAUCGCCUAACGGGCGACAAUGGAUGAGUGGCGAGCGAUGAAUGGAGAGUGGCGAGCGGCGAGUGGCGAGUGACGAGCCUGGAGCCAAGUUGGGGGUUGGCCAGCUUUGUGGCUGAGACUGAACCUAAGCCUGAGCCGCCACAGAGUGCAUUCACCCAGUCCCAAGCACAAGGGUUGAAAAACUUUGACUAGGCACAAAAACAGUAGCAACAACAACAACAGCAACAACAAGAACAAGAGCAACAACAACUACAGCAGCGACAACAACAAAAACAAUAUGAGGUACAUGUAACAGGGUGGUUUGACGGCGGCAGUCAUAAAAUAGUCAAAACAUGAAACUGGCAACUUGACUGCGAUGCUGUUGGCUGUACCCCAAAGCAAGGCAGGAGGCCAGCAGGCGGUAGGAAGCAUGAGUGAGAAUUAGAGAGAAAAAUACAGCAAGAGUAAGAGAGAAUGGUUAGGGGGGUGGGGGACAUGGUAUUUCAACUUGGGGGUGUGCAUACAAGUGGUUAUCAGUGUGCGAAAGCUGCGGCUGCUUUGUUGUUGUCGUUGUUGUUAGCCUGGUUGUUGCUUGAAAAUUCAAUAUGCAUCAGCAGGGAAUAUAUUCAUACGUAUGUGUCUCCUGCACAGUAAUGAUAACAGCAAAAACAACCACUAUUAAGUAUAGCAUUAAAAUCUUUUUUUUUUUAUCUACUGCACCGAUAUUUUCUUACUCUUAAGUAAUCAACGAAAGUAAUAAUUAGAAUUAACGCAUCUGUGGGAAACUCGCUCUACAAUAAAAAUAUAUAAUUCAUCAAUUUUCCAACGUUCUUAAGAUUCUACUACACAAUCACAACAAAAUUAUUAGCGCAAAUCGAAACUUGAGUGUUUGGCAUACGGUAUUUCAACUUCCGGGGCACGAUCAAAUUUGAAAACAUGUCGUCAAUUGUCUUUAAAUUUGAUAAUCUUAAUGACUUAGGGGUUUUUAGUAAUAGACAGACGGGUAGAUAUUGAUAGAUAUUCUAGUUAUUAUAAGUAAUGUUUGU